AAAUCAUUUCGAUCACACCCAGUGGACCCCACUCUCUAACCAUCAUCAUCACACACUCUCUCGCCUCUCCCUCCCUCGCUCGACUCUGAAACCAAUCCUCAAGGGGUGGAGAAGGGAGGAGAGAGAGAGAGAAAGAGUGAGAGAGCGAGAGCGUAGAUAAGUUGCAGAGAAGCAUCGAGAGAAUAGAGGAAUUGCAGAGAAGCAUCGUGAGAUCUGUCGUGUCGAGACCGGUACAGCGAUGGCGGACGACGGCGAAUGCGGAGAAGUAGAGAUGAGCGACGAGCAGAAGAAGGAGAUCGCUAAGUGGUUCCUCCUCAACUCUCCCGCCGGAGAAAUUCAAUACGUCGCCAAAGAUUUGCGAUCGGUGUUGAGCGACGAGGAUGUGUAUAAUGAGGCGGCCUCGGAGGCGUUUCCUUUGUACAACAAAUCUCACAUGAUUUGCCUCGAAAUGCCCGGCACAACUGGAGAUGUGUUGGUUACAUCAUUUAGCGAGCUUGAUAAGAAUGAAUAUCUAGACCCAAGAACUGCCCAUGUUGCUAUAAUUGACCACGUUAAACAAGUUUGUACAGAGGUGAGACCCGCUGCUGAUGAAGAACUGCCAUCUGCAUAUGUUGAGGAAUUUCGAUGUGCGAUGGACGCAGAAAUUCUCAAAUAUGUUAGUGAAGCAUAUCCAAAAGGUGUUUGCUCUGUUUACUGUAUAAAUGGAAAAGAUGCAGAAGGACCUGGUUGCGAUUUUGAGUUUGCAGUGGUGAUUUCAGCGGCUAGACAUAGCCCACAGAAUUUCUGCAAUGGAAGUUGGCGCUCAAUAUGGAACAUUGAAUUUAAGGAUGACAUGCAAAUGCUGGAAGUAAGAGGCAGACUGCAGGUGGGGGCCCAUUACUUUGAAGAGGGAAAUGUGCAGUUAGAUGCAAAACAUGAAUGCAAGGAUUCAACAAUAUUUCAGUCCCCUGAAGAUUGUGCUAUUUCCAUUGCCAACAUCAUCCGACACCAUGAGACAGAGUACCUGACAUCUCUUCAGGCAUCCUAUUCAAAUUUGCCAGACACCACUUUUAAGGAUCUUCGGAGGAAGCUUCCAGUUACACGGACGCUAUUCCCAUGGCACAACACUAUGCAAUUUAGCCUGUCAAGAGACAUCUCAAAAGAACUUGGAAUCGGGAAGUAAAAAUACCAUAUAGCAGAAGUACUAGGCUUGUAUUUGUUUUUUUCCUCCUUCAAGGCGUGAUUUGAGACACCGAGUUCAUUCCCGCAGCAGUUAAUUAGCAUUUUGAAUGAUGAAAUCCUUUUGAGAGCAGAUUGCUUUGCCUUCCCUCUUCCCUCUUCCCUCUUCCCACUUCUUGUUCAUUUGCUGUAUUGAUCAUUCCUUUCCUUGUGAGUGUCUUGUCACCGUGUCAAUUUUGGUUGUGUAUUCUUCAUUACAUGAUGUGUAAAGCUGUAAAGGAUUGUGCUUGUUUUGGCAUUAUUUGUUAUAUAUUCAACAUUCACCACCCACCA